UUUUCACAGGAGAAUCCUUUUAAGGAAAGAAUUGUGGAAUCUUUCUCAGAAGACGGAGAGGGGACCCUCAGCUUCAAUGAUUUUGUGGAUAUGUUCUCUGUGCUCAGUGAAAUGGCUCCCAGAGAGCUUAAAGCAAUCUAUGCCUUUAAGAUCUACGAUUUUAACACAGACAACUUCAUUUGUAAAUCAGACUUGGAAAAAACCCUCAACAAGCUGACCCGAGAAGAGCUAACAGCAGAGGAAAUCACUCUAGUUUGCGAGAAAGUGAUAGAAGAGGCUGACAUGGAUGGUGAUGGGAAACUGGGAUUUGCAGAUUUUGAAAACAUGAUUUCCAAAGCACCAGACUUUCUCAGUACUUUCCACAUAAGAAUCUGA